ACUGGUUCUGACCAAAACAAACCCCGCAGCUUCUGUGUGUGUGUUUGUGUGUGUCUCUGCUCUUCGACAUGGCCGUGUCUCGGUUACCAGGCGCUGCACUGAGUCUCAAACAGUUCAUGCAGAGACAGAAGGUUCUGGGUGUGUACAGAGAUCUGCUCCGAAACAUCCGCAAAAUCCCACUGGAGUCCGAUCGCAGAUACCUGAGAGACUGGGCUAGAGAAGAGUUCAAGAGGAACAAGAGCGAAACAGACCAGGAUGUGGUUCGCAUGAUGAUCACUCAGGCUCAGAAUCAUCUGGAGGACUUGAGGAAAUCGCUCGCGCUGGCUGGAUGCUAGAAGAUCAAGCACGGGAAUGACAACGGAUAGUUCGCCAAAAACGGAAAACUCUGUCAUUGUCACCAAUGAGACUUUUGUUCAUCAUCGCAACACAAAUUAAGGUAGUUUUAAUAAUCUCUCUUGCUUUUGGUCCUUCCAUUGAACCAAAACUUUCACGCUUUUAAACGUGACGGUAAUCGAGGUGCUCAAUCCAAGUCUUCUGGAGAGACGUGAUCGCUUCACAUGAGGAACAGAUAUAAUUCAGGCUGUUAUUCAUAUGAACAUAGUCAAAAAUGGUCUACAGAAUAACCGUACUUGCAUGAUAUAAAUCUGUUCAUUAUUUAAAGCAAUUGUGUCCAUGAACGUUUGAAGUGUCGCUGUUAUUAAUGGUGGAAUUAAUGGAAAUCUUGGAUUUGGAACAAUAUGAAUGUGAGUAAAUGACUAAAUUUUCUUUUUUUGGUUGAACUAUCCCUUUAACAAAAAGUACACUAUAAAAUGAGACGAAAACUGUAUAUAUCUACUUGUAUAUUUAUAAUGCACGAUUACUACUCUUCAUUUGCCAAAUCUUAAUAAAAGCCCAAGUGAGUCGUAA